GCGAGGAAGCUGCCCUAAAUAUAGAUAGAUCGAUGCACGACUACUUAUAUAUCCCAAUAGUCAACAUACAUAGCUUUCAAAUCUGCAUUUCUCAAUCCCCAAAUGACUAUGAAUCUCCGGUUAGGCGUAGGUACCCUUCUCUUUGGCCUCCUACUUGUUCUUAGCAGUGCAGGCAUAAGUAGUCAGAGUAUCCCCCGUAAAGCUUCCCACCACAAAAGGCCACAUAACGAUACUUCCUUAUGCCGCAGCAGUUUUCCGGCAGGUUUCGUAUUCGGGACAGCUUCCGCGGCUUACCAGUUUGAAGGAGCUGCAAAAGACGGUGGUAGAGGACCAUGUGUAUGGGACGCCUUUGCUCACAAGCAUCCAGAGAAGAUAAAGGACCACAGCAGUGGAGAUGUAGCUACUGAUCAAUAUCAUCGGUACAAGGAAGAUGUGAAAAUGCUGAAGGAAAUGGGUUGGGAUGCUUACAGAUUCUCAAUCUCAUGGUCUAGAUUGUUACCAAAUGGAAAGCUAAGUGGGGGUGUGAACCAGGAAGGAAUCAAGUAUUACAAGGAUCUCCUUGAUGAGCUCCUAGCCAAUGGCCUAAGGCCCUUUGUCACACUAUUUCAUUGGGAUACGCCUCAAGCUUUAGAAGAAGAAUUCGGUGGUUUCCUAAGCCCUCAAAUUGUAAAUCACUUCCAAGACUUUGCAGAGCUCUGCUUUAAAGAAUAUGGUGAUAAAGUCAAGCACUGGACUACACUAAAUGAGCCGCAUACCUACAGCGUCAAUGGUUAUGCAACCGGAGGAAUGGCACCAGGCAGAUGUUCCGCUUGGAAAAAUCCUAAUUGCACCGGUGGCGAUUCAGGGACAGAGCCAUAUAUGGUGGCACAUCACCUACUUCUAGCUCAUGCCGCUGCUGUGAAGGUGUACAGAGAUCAAUUUCAGGCAAAACAGAACGGUUUGAUUGGGAUAACGGUUAACACAGGAAUGUUUGUGCCAUAUUCCGACUCAAAGCCUGACCAAGAGGCUGCACAACGAGCAAUGGAUUUCAACUUGGGAUGGUAUAUGGAUCCCGUAACGCAUGGUGAUUAUCCGCAAAUCAUGCGAACGCUUGUUGGAAAUCGAUUACCCAAGUUCACUAAAGAGCAGUCACUUAUGCUUAAAGGAUCGUUUGAUUUCAUCGGAAUGAACUACUACUCCGGUGGUUAUGCAGCGGAUUUACAUAAUAAACCUGAUCCUAAGCAACCAAGCUACACCUCGGACUCCCUCGUUAAUACUACAUCCGAACGGAAUGGUGUCCCUAUUGGUCCAGUGGCUGCUUCAUCGUGGCUCCUUGUCUUUCCUCAAGGAUUCCUUGAUCUAAUGCUCUACACAAAGAAAAAGUACAAUAACCCAACUCUGUAUAUUACUGAAAACGGAGUGGAUGAGGUGAAUGAUCCGACAUGGUCGCUUGAGAAAGCUCUUGACGAUGGUAAACGAAUCGAAUAUUACGACCAACAUCUUCAGAAACUUCAGGCAGCAAUUAAGGCUGGUGUUAACGUGAAGGGAUACUUUGCGUGGUCAUUCCUUGAUAACUUUGAGUGGGCUGAUGGUUACACUGUUAGAUUCGGCCUCGUCUAUGUCGAUUUCAAAAACGGGCUCAAAAGACACCCUAAAAAGUCAGCAGACUGGUUCAAAAACUUUCUCAAGUCUAAGAGAGGAAAAUAAGCUCGUCACAAAUCACUAUAGAGUAUAGAGUGAGAUCCAAUUGCAUCAA